UGUGUCUCUUAUUUAGUGAUGAAGCAGACACUUGCUCUCUUUUUCCUGCAUUUGAUUUGUCCACCAGGAGGCACCUGAGAAGUCCUUCUGGGCUGUACUUGCUAGUUGCCCUACCUGUCCAACACCCCACCCCCCGUACUGGCUCCAUUAAACACACCUCCAUCACUGCUGCACCACUCCCUGAGACAAACCCCGCCUGCUGCAGCAGAGCAACCUGGAUACAUGCCGCGUGCCUUGUUCAAACAAGCCAGCUUUCUGUUCACUCAAACUGGGAAGUGUAGUGAAGGGCAGAGAGCUGGCGACUUGUAUUCACGUGUCAAAACAUUUUUGCAGCCAUUUUCUCUCCUGAAGCCUGAGGAUCUAAGCAGGCAGCUAGUUGUGGUGUGAGUCAGUGUCGUCUUAUAUCCUGUGAUCAGUCGAGUGGGGCAGCAACACUGCAUGGACACAACAUGGGGUCAGAUGACGGCUACAACUUUGUCUUUAAGGUGGUUCUAAUAGGUGAAUCUGGUGUAGGAAAGAGCAAUCUGUUGUCCCGCUUCACCAAAAAUGAGUUCAGCCAUGACAGCCGCACAACCAUUGGGGUGGAGUUCAGCACACGGACGGUACAGCUGAGUGGCUUCACCAUCAAGGCCCAGAUCUGGGACACAGCUGGCCUGGAGCGAUACCGGGCCAUCACUUCUGCGUAUUACAGAGGUGCUGUUGGAGCCCUGCUGGUUUAUGAUAUCACCAAACACCUCACCUAUGAGAGCGUGGAGCGCUGGCUAAAGGAGCUCUAUGAACAUGCUGACCCCCACAUCGUGGUCAUGCUGGUGGGCAACAAGACUGACCUGGAAUCAGAGAGAUCUGUGCCCACUGAUGAGGCCAAAGAGUUUGCAGCUAACAAAGGUCUUUUUUUUCUGGAGACCUCAGCCUUGGACUCAACUAAUGUGGAAGCGGCAUUCAACAUAGUCCUAGCAGAGAUUCACAGGAAGGUGAGCAGUAAGGAAGUGAUUCGGGGCUCCAUUGGUGCUGUGUCCUUAAAUAGUUCACGAGCAGAAAGCACAGAGGAGAAUAAGCCCUGCUGCAGGAACAUCUGAUUACACUGUCCUUUGGGAAACCGGAGGCCUCAGGGUGGAAAACAAGUGAACUCCUCCAUCCACAGGCCUGAGCUGGAGCUGGAGGAGAUGCAGGCAAUUUGUCACACUGUGGGUGCCAAUACUGAUGGUCUUGCUUAAGUGAUGCCACUUUGAAAUGACUGAUUUACAAGUUGUACAAGCUACAAGGUGGUGUGACAUAUUCAAACCAUGAUUCAUAAAUGUGAAUGAAUGUAGCUGGAAACCAACAUCCCCCUUUUAAAAGUCCCUGCUAUGGCCCAUUGAACAUAGGUCAAAGACAAAACAUUAAACUGUCACCUGUAAAAUGUUAUAUUUAUAAUCUAUGCAGAAAAUUUAGAAAAGCCCAGACACGUGAUUGAAUCUGUUGUGUUUAAUAUGUAAGUUGCACAUGACUGUUUGUUUUAUUAAAAGUCAUGCAUGUAGGAACUGUGCUGCUGUCACUGCUGUGCGUGUGCUCCAGCUUAUGAUCUCUGAUGAGACUGAUUGAAUAUCUGUUUAGAAAUAAAGGAUUUA